UGCAACUCUCUCUCUCUCUCAUCUCUCUAGCUAGAGAGAGGGACUAGAGAGAGAGAGGGAUGUCAAGAACGGGGUAUGGAGAAAAGAAGGUAGAGGUGGCAGUGGCAAUAGAUAAGGACAAAGGGAGUCAAUAUGCUCUUAAAUGGGCUGUUGAUCAUCUUCUCAGCAAGGGCCAAUCUGUAACACUCCUUCAUAUUAAACAAAAAGCAUCUUCCAUUCCCAACCCAUUGGGGAAUCAGGUCGCCAUUUCCGAUGUCAAUGAAGAUGUUGCAAGAGCUUACAAGCAGCAACUUGAUAAUCAGGCCAGGGAGUUGUUUCUUCCAUUCCGAUGCUUUUGUACGCGCAAGGAUAUUCAAUGUAACGAAGUCAUACUGGAAGACACGGAUAUAACAAAAGCAAUAAUCAACUUUGUUACUGCCUCCUCAAUUGAGAUUUUAGUUGUUGGUGCCCCAUCAAGGAGUGGAUUUAUCAGAAGAUUCAAGACCACAGAUGUACCAAGCAGCGUCUUGAAAGCAGCACCAGACUUUUGCACUGUGUAUGUCAUCUCUAAAGGAAAGAUCACAUCAGUGCGAUCUGCCACACGUCCUGUACCGAAUCCCUCUCCUCCCCCAACUGCAUCUUCUCUCCAUCAAAACCAAGCUAGCCCUACUCCUGAUCCAACUGAAGCACAUCUUAAACAUAAUCGUAGCACAAGAGCCUCUGAGAGGUCAUCAUUUGGACUCCACAACUUGAACAACCUUGAAAUCAAGUCACCCUUCACUAGAGGUAGAGCCUCACUAAGUAAAUCUUAUGGGGAGCUCUCAGUGCCAGAAACUGAUAUAUCAUUUGUAAGCUCAGGAAGGCCAAGCAUCGAUCGCAUUUUCCCGUUUUCGUAUGACAAUCUGGACACUGGAAUGAACCCUCGGCUUUCAAACAGCUCAGAGAUGAACCCUAGGCUUUCAAACAGCUCUGACCUGAACACUCGGCUGUCAAUUGGCUCAGAGAUGAACCCUAGGCUUUCAAACAGCUCUGACCUGAACACUCGGCUGUCAAAUGGCUCAGAACUGGACUGCAGAAGCUUUGCAUCAUCAGGAGGCAGGUCAUCUGAGCUGAACUAUUCACUUGACCUUUCAUCAUCCUCCAAUGAAAGUGGGAGAUUGUCAUGGGCAUCACAAAGCAUGGAAGAUGUGGAAGCUGAGAUGAGGAGGCUCAAGCUUGAGCUCAAGCAAACAAUGGACAUGUACAGUACAGCUUGCAAGGAAGCACUGUCAGCAAAACAGACGGCAAGGGAACUCCAUCGCUGGAAAAUGGAAGAAGCACAGAGAUUAGGAGAGGCAAGGCUAGCUGAGGAAGCUGCAUUAGCAACUGCAGAGAGAGAGAAAGCAAAGGCUAAGGCAGCCCUUGAGGCAGCUGAAGCAUCUCAGAGGAUUGCUAAACUGGAAGCACAAAAGCGAAUUAAUGCAGAAAUGGUAGCAAUAAAAGAAGCAGAGGAAAGAAAGAAGAUGCUAGAUACUCUGGCACAAACUGAUCUCAGGUACAGGAAAUACACCAUUGAGGAGAUUGAAGCAGCAACUGAGUUAUUUUCAGAGUCUCGGAAGAUUGGGGAAGGAGGUUAUGGCCCUGUAUACAAGAGUUAUUUGGAUCAUACACCAGUUGCAAUAAAGGUUCUUCGUCCAGAUGCAGCUCAAGGAAGGUCACAGUUUCAGCAGGAGGUUGAAGUACUAAGCUGCAUACGGCAUCCCAAUAUGGUUCUCCUCCUUGGGGCCUGUCCAGAGUAUGGUUGCCUAGUCUAUGAGUAUAUGGCUAAUGGGAGCUUAGAUGACCAUCUCUUCCGGCGAGGGAACACCCCAGUUCUUCCAUGGCAACUAAGAUUCCAGAUUGCGGCAGAGAUAGGCACAGGUCUUCUUUUCCUCCACCAGACCAAGCCAGAACCAUUAGUGCAUCGUGACCUAAAACCUGGCAACAUUUUGCUUGACCGUAACUUUGUCAGCAAGAUCAGUGAUGUUGGCUUGGCCAGGCUUGUCCCUCCAUCUGUGGCCGACAGUGUAACACAGUAUCUCAUGACAUCAACAGCCGGGACUUUCUGUUACAUUGACCCAGAGUAUCAGCAAACCGGAAUGCUUGGAACAAAAUCGGAUAUUUACUCACUCGGGAUUAUGCUUCUGCAAAUAAUUACUGCCAAACCCCCAAUGGGUUUGACUCAUUAUGUGGAACGGGCUAUUGAGAAGGGGACUUUUGCGGAGGUGCUUGACCCAGCUGUUCAUGAUUGGCCAGUUGAAGAGGCCUUGAAGUUUGCCAAAUUAGCUCUUCAGUGCGCAGAGCUGAGACGGAAAGACAGACCAGAUCUUGGGAAUGUUGUCUUACCUGAGCUUAACAGAUUGAGAACACUAGCAGAAGAAAACAUGUCCAGCAUAAUGUUAGACAGCACUACAGUAGCCUCCCCAAGAGUCCAGGAAGUGAUGAGUAACCCUCAGCUGACACUAUCUGGAUAUAUUAGUUCACGGGGCCGUUCAAGCAUAUCAUCUAUGACAGAAAGAAUGUAAAGACCAGGAGACAAAGGACAGCAGGAUUUGCUCAGACUGGUACAGGAAAUAAAAGGCCAGGAGUCAAUUGGUUUUUUUAGCAUAGGAGUACAAUUGCCCAUCUGAAAUUGUCAGCCUCGUCAAGAGCACAAUUUUCUGUAAGAGGAAUAUAACUGAAUUUCGUUUUUGAUACUUCUGAAAGUGUUAGUGUCUUGACAAGCCCAAGCUCAUCUUUCUAGCUGGGUAAAUGAUAUGAGAAGUUCAUGUUUUGGUAAACUAAAAGAAGGAAAAUUUAUUGGUUCUUUUCCGCUCUUUGUUGCUAAGAAAGAACUCCAAGGUAGUAAAUUGUAAUGCAAACAAAAGUUUUAAAUGUAAACAAGAAAGCUUUUGUCAGUGUGGUAUUGAUGGGAACGGAAAAAAGGUGCUAGUGGUAGAGGCUAAUGAUGGGAUUGGAAUGGUGGUGGUA